GAAAAAAUCAAUAGGAUUAUUGUUUCCUCACGGAUGUAUUUGACGGCGACACACACAACAGUUCAUGUGCGGCAUAGAGCUGCUGUCUGUGGCUAGAUCAUUACCUACUGCAGCAUGCCGAAGCCCCGUGGGUUCGAGUUCUGGAGGAGCACUCUGAAGGGUGCGCGCUACGUGGUAGCGCCCAUGGUGGACCAGAGCGAGCUCGCGUGGAGGCUGCUGAGCCGCAGACAUGGCGCAGAGCUCUGCUACACGCCCAUGCUGCACGCCCAGGUGUUCGUGAGGGACGCCAACUACCGUCGAGAGAACCUGUACAACGAGGUCAACCAGGAGGACCGACCCCUCAUCACACAGUUCUGUGCCAAUGAUCCUGAGGUGUUUAUUCAGGCUGCUCUACUCGCCCAGGAUUACUGUGAUGCCAUCGAUCUGAAUUUGGGUUGCCCACAGAUGAUUGCAAAAAGAGGCCAUUAUGGUGUGUUUCUUCAAGAUGAGUGGGACCUUCUUGAGAAAAUGAUUAAACUGGCUGACGAAAAACUCUCCGUGCCCAUUACUUGCAAAAUCCGGGUCUUCCCUGAGAUUGAGAAAACAGUGAAGUAUGCCAAAAUGCUGGAAAAGGCUGGAUGCCAGCUGCUCACAGUUCAUGGGAGAACUAAAGAUCAAAAGGGGGCUUUGACUGGCAUUGCAAGUUGGAAGCACAUCAAAGCUGUACGGGAGGCUGUAAACAUUCCUGUUUUCGCCAAUGGAAACAUCCAGCACCUGAGUGAUGUUCAGCGCUGCAUGGAGGAGACUGGAGUACAUGGUGUCAUGAGUGCAGAAGGGAAUCUCCAUAAUCCUGCCCUGUUUGAAGGCUGUAGUCCGCCUGUGUGGGAGAUGUCUGAGGAGUACCUGGAGGUUGUGGAGAAACACCCACCCUGCAGUCUGUCUUUUGUCCGUGCUCACAUUUUCAAACUGUGGCACCACACCUUACAGAUACAUCAAGACCUGAGGGAGGAGCUGGCCAAAGCGAAAAACAUAGCUGGGAUUGCAGAGGUCAACAGACAGCUAAAACAGCGUUGCCAGGAGGAGAUGGCUAAAGAUGAAUCUGAAUGGACUCAGACUGGACUUCCCUUUCCUCACUGGAUCUGUCAACCCUACGUCAGACCACCGCCCAAGGAUCCAAACACUGAAAAUGGCCAGAAAGCAACAGAAACAAAAGUUGUGAGUGUGAAGAGGGCACUGGAGGACAGCGACGGAUCCAAUGACUCGCUCUCCAAGAACAAGCUGAAGAAGAAAGCCCGUAACCCCCAUAAAAACUUUUCUCCAGAGCUGAAACCAAAAUACAUCAAGUGUGAGCAAUGUGGAAACCCUAAAGGGAAUAAGUGUGUGUUCAACUUGUGCCGUGGCUGCUGCAAGAGGAAGGCUUUCAAGGAAGUGGCUGAUUGUCCUGGCCAUGGAUUGAGAUUCAAAACCAAGGCUUUGAAACAGUCUAACUCAGAUACGGGUGGUGGACUGACGAAUGGGAAGCCCAACAGUCAGACAGUUUCCACUGCAGUCCAUGAUCCACUGUAAAGCAGACUUGUGUACUGCAAAUGGGACACACAGUGACAUCUGAGGACACAUUACCACUUUACAUUGCUGCACUGAAUUGGAAGUACAAGACUACAGUUGUGGCCAUUACUAUUGAUAUGUGAUUUGGAUCCAUAUGACAUCAACUGAACUAAACAUGCAAAGAAACAGACAUAGAAAAAAUGUGUAACCUCAAUGCUACUGUUACUUAGGCUAGUUCAUCUGUAGAGUCAUUCUUUACUGUAAUGAAGUACCACUUUCUGGACUGCUGUCGGGUGAAUAGUUCCAUAGUCUUAAUAUUUUAAGGUCGCUUAUUAGAAUAGCGUAUUUUUAUGAUCUCUGGGAACGUGGUAUAUGAAGCAGCCGCUCUGAAUGCACAAUCCUAUACUGCUCCGUGCUCGCUCGAGACGGAGAAGCUGGACUUUUAUCUGUGGAAAUACACUGAUGGACAUCUUCACUCACACAUUCUUCAAACUGCAUUUUUACUAUUUAUUGUCUUCCGAACUGAAAGAUAUGGCAGAUUUGUAUGUUGCAACCACAAUCAAACAUCUUUGACUUUUAAUGCAUUUUUACAUAUUUUUUGAACAUGUAUAUAAAUUCACUUUUAAUCUGAGAUUUCUGUUUCCUUUCCUGUGCAGUCAUGAUCCUGUAUGAUCAUUGUGACCAGUUCACACACACAUACUGACAUUUAUUUUUACACUACAAAAAUUCCUGGCCCAGUAAAUAGUUUUUUAAAGACACGGUCUGAUUCAGAUGCCUUACCCUUAUCAUUGUACUGCCUUUUAUUGUCAUUUCAAAAAAGUAUGCAGCUCUAGUACAACAUUGGUUCAACAUAAUGACAUUUUCUUUUUAUUACAGGUCAACAUGUAUUUUCUUUUUUACACUGUACUUUAAAGCAGGACUCAACUCAGUGCCUUAUUCUAAAGAUGUGGGACAGUUACUCAGAAACACCCUUGAAUGAGACUGUCUUUAACUGUAAAUGUGUGUACAGAGCUGUGGUUAUUCUGUGGAUGUUUUUUUCUCAUCAGUUCCUUGGGUAAAACAUU